AUGAGCAACACUGCACAACGUUUAAAGUCGAGAGGAACCUCCUUCCUCAGACAAGUCAAGGAUAUUGGUAACAUUGCAGUUUCGUCCUUUGAUGACAUCAAAAUGAGUAUGGCAAAGGCUACAAAUCAAGAUCCGGUUCCACCAAAGGAAAAACAUGUAAAGAAAUUAAUUCUUGCAACGGAAACUAACAGAGAACUAAAUAUGGUUGAAUUUGCCAAAGCAGUUUGUAGAAUUUACAGAAAAAGCAGUGACUGGCUAACAGCUUCUAAGGGCUUGCAGCUACUGCACCGUAUUGUUCAAGAGGGAUCCACCGAAUUUUGUGAUGCAAUCGUUCAAAACGACCCUGAAAAACGUUUCAACAUGUCCAAAUUUAAGGAUAGACACACAAGCGAGGCUAUGGAUCAAUCUCCACUCGUAAAACAAUACUGUAGAUAUCUUGAGGAGAGACUUAUUCUGUACCGUAUUUAUCAACUCAAGUCAUUACUUCCUGAUAUGACAUUGGAUGCAUACGUGUCAUCAAACGACAUGAAAGGAUGGUUGGACUUGACUGAAAGUUUGCUUAGAGCCACAAAUGAACUUGUUGAAUGUUAUGAACUUGUGAAAGGAAAGAAAUCCAUUCUCAACAAUGGAGCAGCUGUUGGAUGUUUCACUUUAUGUUUGGAUGACAGUUUUGUUCUUUACAAAUUGUUGAGCGAUUGUGCAACCAAAAUUUUAGAUGAUUUCUACAAGAUUCCAUUAUCUCUUGCUAAGAGAGCACUCGAAGUUUACCAGAAAUACUGUGGAGCAAUGAAACGUUUGGAAAGCAUGUUCGAAUUUAGCAAAAAUGUAAAUCAAAUCUUCCUAAAGUCCAAACCACCUUCUUUAAAAUUCAAACCUGAGAGUGUUUUGGAUCCAAUGCGAGAAUAUGUCGAAUCACAAGGGGGUACAAAGAGAAAACUCACCGGAGAUCAUUCAGAAGUUCCAACAACUGAUCUUUCAAGCAUUUUGUCAAAGAAUGAAUUAGAAAUGAUCAAACUUUCAACAGAAAAUGAAGAAGAUACCGCUUCCAACACUAAACCUCGCUCAUCCAGCAUCAAGAAAAAUCCUUUCGGAUUGGAUGAACCACCAAAACAAACCCCAAAGACAUCUCCUCGUAGAGGUAGUACUAAUACCAACACUACAACAACAACAAGUACCUCCAAUAACAAUGCUGGUGUGAGUUUGGAUGACUUACUUUCAUUUGACACGCCUCCAGCCAAUAACCAACAACCAGCAACCAAUGGUAAUAAUUUUAAUAACAAUCAGCCAAACCGUCAAAAUGUCACUCAAAACAUCCUUAGCCAAUUUGACAACAACAUGUAUUAUGGUGGCAAUAACUAUGGUGGAAAUUAUGGAGCUAACAAUAAUUAUGGAUAUGGCGCCAGUAAUCAAUACGGUGCUGGUUAUUCCAACAACAACAAUCCAUACGGAAACAAUCCCUAUCCAAACAACAACAAUCCAUAUGGAAACAAUAAUCCUUAUGGAAAUAAUAAUAUGGCUUAUAAUAACAUGCAAUAUCCAAACAAUAAUCCUUACCAAAACAACAAUCCUUAUGGAAAUAACAUGCAAUACCCAAACAAUAACAACCCUUACUCUCAACCACCUCGAGGUAACAACAACACUGCCAACAACUUUUACUAA